CUCCUCCUCCUUCUGCUCGCAAAAGCACUCCAAGACGCACGCAUGCCAUCCGAGCGGAGCCUGCAAGCCCGCUCUCCUUUCCUUCCCUUUCAGCCUGUUCCACAGGUACGCCUGGAGCUUUUUUUCGCUUCGUCCUCUCGCAGCCCCUGCUGGCCUUGCGCGGCCACCGGGAAGAUUUUUCUCUCCCCCUCCCCGGAUUUUUUGGGGGGUUCCAAGGAAACAUGGCUGCGAUCCUCGCUCUCCCUUCCAGCCCUGCCUCGAUCCGGCUGCUGGGGCUUCUCUACUUGUCUUCAUCCUUCUGGCUGCAGAGGAGCCGCUGCACGGAAGAAGCGCAGGAGUUUCCCCAUCCGGAUCCCUUGCCGGAGUCCGCCUUGCAGAAGCCCACCGUUUUCUUAGCCAUCCUGGCCAGGAACUCUGCGCGCUCCUUGCCCCAUUUCCUCGGCUGCGUGGAGAGGUUGCGGUACCCCAAGGACAGGCUCGCCAUCUGGGUAGCUACGGACCACAAUGUCGACAAUACAGUGGGUAUCCUGAGAGAGUGGUUGAAGAAUGUACAAAAGAUGUAUCACUAUGUGGAGUGGAGACCAAUGGAUGAACCUCAGUCUUAUCCUGACGAGAUUGGGCCCAAACACUGGUCGAACUCCAGGUUUACCCAUGUGAUGAAGUUGCGGCAGGCGGCUCUGAGAACUGCCAGAGAAAAAUGGUCUGACUACAUCAUGUUCAUAGAUGCUGAUAACUUCCUGACAAACCCAGAAGUGCUGAAUCUGUUGAUAGCGGAGAACAAGACCGUUGUGGCACCAAUGCUGGAAUCGCGCACUCUCUACUCAAACUUCUGGUGUGGAAUGACUCCUCAGGGUUACUACAAGAGAACACCAGAUUACAUCCUGAUCAGGGAAUGGAAGAGGGUUGGUUGCUUUGCUGUUCCGAUGGUCCACUCCACGUUUCUGAUUGAUCUGAGAAAAGAGGCCUCAGAUCAGCUGAUGUUUUAUCCCCCACAUAAGCACUAUACCUGGACCUUCGAUGACAUCAUUGUCUUUGCCUUCUCAAGUCGCCAGGCAGGCAUUCAGAUGUACAUCUGCAACAGAGAACAUUAUGGGUACCUCCCUGUGCCCCUGAAACCUCACCAGAUGCUGGAGGAUGACACUGACAACAUUGUUCAUGUGCUGAUUGAGGCAAUGAUUGACCGUCCAACAAUUGAACCUUCUGAAUAUGUCACAGUUCCUCCAAAGCACCCUGACAAGAUGGGAUUUGAUGAGAUUUUCAUGAUUAAUCUGAAACGUCGGAAAGACAGGCGGGACCGUAUGUUACAAACAUUGUAUGAGCAGGAAAUUGCAGUCAAGCUGGUAGAAGCUGUGGAUGGAAAAGCCCUGAAUACAAGCCAACUCAAAGCUCUCAACAUAGACAUGCUUCCUGGUUACCGGGAUCCUUACUCCUCAAGGGUGCUGACAAGAGGGGAGAUUGGCUGCUUCCUCAGUCACUUCUAUAUCUGGAAGGAGGUUGUGGACAAGGAAAUGGAGAAGACCCUAGUCAUAGAAGAUGACGUGCGCUUUGAGCAUCAGUUCAAGAAGAAGCUCACGAAGUUGAUGGAUGAAAUCGAGAAAGCCCAGCUAGAUUGGGAACUCAUCUACAUUGGCCGGAAACGAAUGCAGGUGGAGCGUCCCGAGAAGGCUGUUCCCAGGGUCAUGAACCUUGUGGAAGCUGAUUACUCUUACUGGACACUUGGCUACGUUAUCUCCCUGCAGGGAGCACAGAAGUUGAUUGAUGCUCAGCCUUUUGGCAAGAUGCUGCCAGUCGAUGAAUUCCUGCCGGUCAUGUACAACAAGCAUCCUGUUGCCAAGUACAUGGAAUACUAUGAACCAAGAAACCUGAAAGCCUUCUCUGCAGAGCCUCUGCUGAUCUAUCCAACCCAUUACACUGGGCAGCCAGGUUACCUCAGUGACACAGAGACCUCCACAAUCUGGGACAAUGAGACCAUGGCCACAGACUGGGACAGAACGCUGUCUCGGAAAUCACGGCAGCAAGGUCAGAUCCACACAAAUGCCCAGAACAAGGAUGCUUUGUCGCCUCAGCCCUCCCUGGAUGCAUCAUCUGCGAGGGAUGAGCUAUGACUGCUGGGAUGAACUACAAUUGCUAGACCUCCCUCAGGCUCCGUUUUUGUUUUUUUGCUGUAGGGAGGGGGGUUUAUGGCAAACUCUUUCUUUUUGGGGCCAGAAGCUUCCAGAGAUCUUACGGUGUUGUUUUAAUUGGCAAACAAAUCAAUUUGGUUGGAUGCAUCUUGCAUUUUUGUGGGGAAAAUGUUGAACCUGAGUGAGUCAGGCUAGCAGACUUCUGAGAAGUGCUGUAUCGACGGUAAGCCGUCUCUUUGGCUUUCAAGAUUCAUAUCAUAGAAGCAUCUGUUGAGAUGUUGGGGGAUUUGUCAGGACAGUGAGUUUAAUGCAUAAAUGGAAAGAUGGUUUCUUGAAUGAGCUCUUUCUACUGUUCCUCACGUAGAAUUACUGUAUUUAUAAAGAUUAAUAUAUGCCUGGGUUAGGAGAGGUGUACAAGCCUUCCUUUGUCACUCCACUGCUGCAUCACAUGAAUUGUUGCUGGUUUUCAUUUUGUUAAUCACCUGCUCUGAGAGAAGUUAGAUGGGAAAGGGCGGGUCUCCCCCGCAAAGGGUUCAUUGUCAGGAAUCACGUGGCUUACUACUGGGGGCUUUGCUGGGGCUGUGUCCUGGCCCCCCUUCAAGCCCUCAGCAGUUUCAGUAGAUUGGCUCACCUGUAGUAAUGCCAUAAAAUACAGCUGUAGUUACAAAGAUUUUCUAACAGCUUCCCAUUUGCAAGAUGCAGCACAGUCCAUCUUCUUUAUCAAUAUCUAAUUCCUGGCCCUUUCUGCACAAGUCACCUAGAACAUUUUAAUAAUGUUUUUGAUCCUCCCCCCUCUACCAUGAUGCUUGUCUGCUCUCACCUCCUCCAAACAUUUCAUGACUGCUGCAAGGGGCUUAAACAUUUUUUUUUUGCUUAUUCAUUGAAGAAAUGAUUCUUCAUUGAAUCCCUUCUUCAAUGCUCUGUAGCUCCAUUUAAUUGAUGCUUUGUAAAUUCACUCAAAACAGCAAAAACACACACAAAAUGGUGAAAAUGAAUCGGCAAAAGGGAAAGAACAGAAAUGAAUGGUGUGAAAAAAUGGCACCGAGGAGGAAGUUGGGCGAUGGUACAGAGGUGUGGAAAACAGCAGAGGGAAAGAUAAAGCACUGUAAAGAUGACUGCACUGAGCAGGAAGCUGGCUCAGACAAAAGAUAGUUGUAAAAGGGAUUUUUGAAAAACAGUGAAAAAGCUGCUUGGAAAUGUCUUUGGAGCCAAAGAAGGGAAAAAACAAUGCAGAACUCCAUUGAGGAAAUGUUUUAUUUCCACCCUGAAAAUGUAGGGUCUUUGUGUGGACAGAGCCCCGUUAGAUCCCUCUUUAAUUUCUCCCAUUUUUCAUUUAAAGUGCAUGUAAACUGGUUACCUUAUACUUCCAGUUCAGUGACUCACCCCACCCAAAACUAAUGUUCUCUUCACUCUUUUUACCAAAUCAAUUUCUACUCCCCCCAAAAAAGAAAGAAAAAAUAAAUAUUUGUCUAAAAAGAAAUAGGAAUUCUUUUUCAAACUUCCAAUGAAUAGCACAAGGGGUUUGAGGAGAAUCAAGCUUUGUAGCCAUGAAUGCCAGUGGCACCAGGUUUGCUCCUUGGAGCUUUGAAGUGAAGAACACUUGGCUCUCCCCCUCCCUCCCCGCCCCCAGGUUGAUGACCAAGCGUAUCCAUUUUAGAGAUGAGCUGCAGUAUGCUCCCUCGCAGGUUCCCUACCCCUGGGCUAAGUCCUUUACUGUUUAAAAGUGCACAGGUGAACAGCUUCUUCUAGAAUCAUGAUUAGCUUGUGCAGGGUUCAAAGCAUUGGAUGGAGAAAUCGUUUCUGAUACAAAAUGUUAAAACAUGCAAGAAUGUGUGCAUUUAAAAAAACUGCUAUAGAUGCUGUACAUGGGAAUUGUUGGAAUAAUUUAUAUCUGUGUCCUUUCUUGAGGGGAUAUGAUGCUGGUUAUCAGCUGGUCUGGUAAUAUAUAGCAAUGGGUUCAAAUCAA